CCAUUUCUACGAAAUUUCUAUGAUCUUUUCUUGUUAUACUCUAUUAUUGCAAAAUUGUCUCAUUCCUUUUUUAUUAUUUUGCAUGAAAGAUUUUUUAUUUUAAUAAAUUUAUGAAAUUUCUAUUAUAGCCUUCAUUAAAAAUGGGUAUUAGAAAUUUCUCCCAAAUUUUAUGUUUUUGUGCAUUAAUAAGUUUUUGUUUUCUUCCUAUAACAACUUAUGGGUUUGUGAAAAUCAGUCUCAAAAGAGUUGAUCAACAACAUGAAACAAGUUUUAAUUAUAUUAAAUUUGCUAGAAAAUUGGGUACAAUUGAAGUGGGAAAACGUGCAGAAAUUAUAUAUUUGAAGAAUUUCAUGAAUUCCCAAUUUUAUGGAGAAAUUGGAAUUGGCACACCACCUCAAAAAUUUGCUGUCAUUUUUGAUACUGCAAUUUCCUAUCUUUGGGUUCCAUCUUCUAAGUGCAAUUCUUCUGAGGCUUGUCAAUUUCAUCCAAGAUAUGAUUCAAGCCACUCAAGUACAUACACAAAGAUAGGUUCACCACAUGAAAUUAUUUAUGAAACAGAGGCAAAACUCAAUGGUUUUCUUAGCCAAGAUAAUGUUGAAAUUGGAGAUCUACUUGUCAAAAAUCAAAUAUUCUUUGAAGUAACAAGUGAAGAUGGCCUAACAUUGGUACAUGCUAAAUUUGAUGGUGUAGUAGGGCUUGCAUUUCCAGAUAAAUCAGAAGGGAACGCCAAUCUUAUAUGGAAUACAAUGGCAGAACAAAAACUUCUAAAGAAGAAAGUUUUCUCGAUCUGGUUUAACACAGAUUCAGAAGCAGAAUUCGGAGGAGAAGUAGUUUUCGGAGGAGUUGAUCCAAAUCAUUUCAAAGGAAAACAUGUUUAUGUUCCUGUGACGCCGAACCAGAAUGGUAUAUGGCAGAUUGAAAUCGGAGAACUCUUCAUUGGUAACCAAUCAUCUGGCUACUGUCAAGACGGGUGUCCUGCUGUUUUAGACUCAGGAUCACCAUUACUUUCAGGGCCUGCAGCUAUUGUGAUUGAGAUCAACCACGCAAUAGGAGCAAAAGGUGUCAAAAGCAAGGAAUGCAAAGAAAUAGUCUCCCACAAUGGAGAGGCGAUUUACAAUCUUUUAGCAUCAGGGGUAAAUCUUGAUGAUAUAUGUUCGCAACUCAGCUUGUGCCUCAACAAUGGAGCUCAGCAUAUGAGCGAACACUGCAGAUUUGUUCUACCAAAGAGUUCAUACUCAAUAACUCAACUGAUCUUCAGGAAAAAUCUCAAGACAGUUCAAGAAAGAAAAAACAGAAAAGAACUUUCAUCAGUUGCCGAUGACUUGCUAUGCAGUGCCUGUCAGAAAAUAGUGAAUUGGAUUCAGAAGCAGAUGAAACAAAGAAAAACAAAGGAAGGAGUACUGAGAUACGUUAGAAAGCUAUGCUUUAGCUUUCCAGCUCCUCAAGGAGACGUAGAAGUUCCUUGUGACAACAUCCCACUCAUGCCAAACUUGACACUCACAAUUGGAAAUAAGCCUUUCACAUUCACUCCUCAACAGUACGUUCGUUCAACUAGAAAGCACAAUAAAAUGACCUGCCGGAGCCAAUUUUACGCGGUGGAUCUACCAUCACUUCCAGGCUCAUGGAUCUUUGGAAAUAUAUUCAUGGGAGUUUACCAUUCAGUUUUUGAUUUUAGCAAACGACGAGUGGGUUUUGCUGAAGCAGUUUAUUAGACUUGUAAUCUCUGCAACCGAAUUCAAGCGUCUUCAUUUCUGCUCAAUACUGGCUGUAGCACCUUAUAUUUUAAAGCAUUCGGGAACAGCUUUACAAUGCUAGUACUGUAACAACGGCUGGGUAGUUUUUGGAUUUGGGCUGUUAAGUUAAUAAAUGUAAAAAAUUACAAAAAUUCUGAGGUAUUUACUUCGUAUUUUCCUA